AUGUCUACGCCAGUUAAGACCUACCCGUCGCUUUCGCGCUCUGUACCAAUCUUCUCUCACUCGAUAUUCACCCAUCUUUUGACUCAAGAUGGCGAACUCAUUGGAGGACAUGCUCCAGAGCUACCCGCGUUCACUGAUGCGCCCUCGGGAACGACCAUAAAUCGUAGGCAGCUGAGAGACUUCAGUCUCGCCCUUGGGCAUGGUCUCAAGAAUCUAGGCGCGAAGCGCGGAGAUACAGUCCUCGUGUUCUCACCCAACUCGCUCAAUUAUCCCGUCAUUCUUCUCGGAGCUAUUUCCGCCGGCCUUCGCUGCACCCUCGCGAAUAACGCGUAUACGAGCCAUGAACUUGUUCAUCAAUACACUGACAGCGGUGCCCACUUCGUUUUCUCGACAGAAGAUGGCAUUCCGACUGUUCGCGCCAUGUUCAAGGAGAUCGGUGUUGGUGAAGAGGGCGAGAAGCGGAUCAUCGUGCUCAGCAACAGCUUGGCCUGGGCUGGGGGCCCGGACGUCGCUAGUACGCCCGAAUCCACAGGACUUCCGCGCAUGGAGGACCUUCUUUCCGGUGGCUCUUUGGAGGAGGAGGAGAAAUUUAAUGGGGAUCUCGCCCACGAAACCGCGUUCCUAUGUUACAGCUCCACAACACACCAGAAUCUCACCUCCGUCGUUGACAUCGUCAACGAAUCAUACCCUCAUGAAAUCGGGGGUUCGAUGCUCGGUUUCCUCCCUUUCUAUCAUAUCUAUGGCUCUGUUAUGCUUCUUUUCCUGAAUAUCAAAAUGGGUGAUCCAUGCUACAUCAUGCCUCGUUUCGACCCCGUGCAGUUCUGCAACAAUAUCCAGAAGUAUAAGAUCCCUGUUGUGCUUGUGGUUCCACCAGUACUCGUCUUCCUUUCUCGACACCCUGUGGUGCAAAAAUUUGAUUUCUCAUCCCUCAAACUUCUAAUUUCUGGAGCAGCGCCGUUAGGUCCUGACUUGACGAAACAGGUCACUGACCGCUUCCGUUCUAUGGACGUCGAUGUUGCUGUUGUGCAAGGUUUCGGUAUGACAGAAUCCUCGCCUACGACACACCUACUCCCUAUGGCCGACGCUGCGAUGAAGCCUGGUAGCAUUGGUGUUCUGCUCUCUAACUUGGAAGCACGUUUGGUGGAUGAAGGUGUAGAUGCUGAGGAGGGCAAGCCUGGUGAGCUCUGGAUUAAGGGACCUACCAUCAUGAAGGGAUAUCUUAAUAACGAAGCCGCGACGAGGCACACUAUAACGGAGGAUGGAUGGUUCAAGACCGGAGACGUUGCAAUUAGGGACAAGGAUGGACACUUCUUCAUCGUCGACAGGGUGAAGGAGCUGAUCAAGUACAAGGGCUUCCAAGUACCUCCUGCCGAGCUGGAAAGCGUUCUGCUGGGCCACCCUGAAGUUGCAGAUGCUGCUGUCAUCGGCGUGUUCGACCAUCAGGAGGCCACCGAGCUCCCCAGGGCUUACGUUGUCCAUGCACAACCCCAUAAAGUGACGACUGAGGAGCUCAAACUUGCGUUUGGUCAAGAGGUGGCAAAGUCUAUUGAAUCAAAGGUUGCAAGGCACAAAUUCUUGCGUGGAGGUGUUGUGGUCAUCGAUGCCGUUCCCAAAAGUGCUGCGGGAAAGAUCCUCCGACGGGAGUUGCGCGAGCGGGCCAAGGUGGAACUGGCGAACGGGAUUGGGGCUACGAGCGCUGUCGCACCCUGUUAA